AUGGGUGAGAAGUCCCAGGUGGUAGCACGUGAUGACGCGGUUGUAUAUCUUGAGGGCCAUCAGGAUGAGAUUGCCAAUGUCGAUCUCAAAGCACUGCGUCGCAAGAUUGAUCGACGCCUCUUGCCACUCACGGCGUGCAUAUAUGCCCUCCAAUUCCUGGAUAAAGUAGCUCUGAAUUAUGCAGCCGUGAUGGGAAUUAAAACGGACCUAAAACUCACCGGCAACGAGUUUUCCAACACGGCCACCUGGUUCUUUAUCGCCUACCUAGUUGCUGAAGUCCCCAAUGUCUACUGUCUACAGAAAUUUCCUGCUGCCAAGUGGCUAGGAACUAAUGUGUUUCUAUGGGGAGUCGCCGCCGCUGCCUCGGCCGGUGCUCACAACUAUCGUACUUUGUUGGUUGCACGAGUGUUUCUCGGCAUUUUUGAGGCAACUGUGGGCCCAUCAUUGAUGCUCAUCAGCAGCCAGUACUACACGCGGAGUGAACAGGCACCGCGUUUUACCUUCUGGUAUAUGGGACUGGGCAUCGCCCAGAUUCUCGGCGGAAUCAUCUCGUUCGCUUUCCAGCAUGUUCGCCAUGCAUCCCUGGAAGGUUGGCGUAUUAUGUUUCUGGUGCUCGGCUUCGUCACUGCGAUUGUUGGCAUGCUGACCUUUUUCUUCAUUCCGGACACUCCCAUAAAGGCCAAAUGGCUAUCCGAGAGCGAAAAAGUGGCUCUCCUGCAACAUGUCAGUGAGAACCAGACGGGUCUCUGGAGUACAACCUUGAAUAUGAAGCAGAUAUGGGAGUCGCUAUUUGACAUUCAACUGUGGCUGCUGACUCUGACGACAAUUCUCAUCUCUGUAUCGAGCGGCGUUGUGACUACCUAUUCCUCGACUUUGAUUGCCAGCUUUGACUUCUCCGGUCCCAUAUCGGCCCUUCUCAAUACCCCGUCGGGUGUAGUAAGUAUCUUCUUUACUCUGUUAGUCGGAUACGGUAUCCGGCGAACAUCUAACCGCUGGGCCUGGAAUGUUGUAUGCACUAUCCCAGGCAUCAUCGGUGGAGGCCUACUAUCCUUCCUCCCGAAAAGCAACACCGCCGGCGUCCUCAUCGGUAUCUAUCUCGUCAACGCGAUUGUGGCAACCCUACCUAUUCUUUAUCAGUGGACCAUGGCAAACUGCGCAGGCCAUACUAAGCGUGCCUUUGCUAGCGCUCUUGUUGCUGGGUCCUUUUCUGUUGGUAACAUCAUCGGCCCACAGACCUUCCAAGCCAGAGAUGCACCUGAGUAUCGACCUGCCAAAAUUGCAGUCCUUGCCACACAGGCUGCUGCGGCUCUUCUAUCGGUGGUUCUGUUUGUCUACUAUACAUGGGAGAACCGGCGCCGUGACCGUGCCCAUGGAUGUGUCAAUGAGAGCAUGAUCGAUGAGAAAAAAUGGGCAGGGCUGACCGAUCGAGAGAACCCUUACUUCCGGUAUGCCUACUAA